AUGUGUGAUCUGUGUUCGACUUGUUUCCCGGAAAACAAAACGUAUGAGGAGUUAGUCAAACUUGUGACGGAGCACUUAGAACUGCAGCGAUCUGAAAUCGCUGAGCGCCACGUAUUCAGAAUGAGACGUCAGCGCCCCGGCGAAUCCCUCACGGAGUAUUUACAAGCAUUAAAACAUCUCGCGGCUACGUGUAAUUUUGGCAAAUGCAACACAUGUUCUACAUUUGAGGAGAACCUGCGCGACCAAUUCGUGUCGGCUCUAGCCAAUGACGCAAAGCGAUCGAGAUUUUUCGCUGAGAAGAAUAUCCAUUAUAAGGAGGCGGUGGAGCUCGCGUUGGCUUUAGAGGCUGCCGAAAAGCAUGCGGAAGUGACCGGCUCCACAAAGGUGUUGGCGACGGACUCAGGGGCAACGGGUGGCGAGGCGGGCGAGGGCCCGCACUAUGCGCGUGGCAGUGGUGGCGUCAACGGCCGACAAGAGAAACGGUACGGCGGAGCAUGCCGUCAAAACUAU